AUGAAGUUUAGCUCUACACUGGGCCUCCUGGCCCUCGCCGGCGGAGCGUCAGCAUCGUCUAAUUUAGCUGCAGCUGCAGCUCAGAGCCAGUUUGCUGCAAAUACCACUGUAGUCCCCAACACAUUCCUCAUUGAGCUGCAGAUGGACUUUCAUCCUGGCCUGCAGCCCAAAGAAAAGUUUGCAAAGACAGCUCCGGGCAGCAAAGCCGGAUAUCAUGUUCGUCAGCAGUAUAACAGCACCGAGCAUUUCUUUGGCGUCUCGGUUGCCUUUGACCAAGACGUUGAUCUCGCCACUCUAAAGAAGACGGCUGGCGUGAAGAAUGCUUGGAGCGUCACCGUCGUGCCUCGCCCUGUCCCCUAUCAACAGCUGACGGGCUCGCCAGUGUCGAAAGAUGGACAGGACAGCCUGCCCAAUUACAGAGGCAGCGGGAGGGUCAAUGAGCCACUGGCAAUGGCCGGCGUAGACAAGCUCCACAAACAAGGCAUCAAGGGCAAAGGAGUGCAGAUUGCCAUAAUCGAUACCGGCGUCGACUAUAACCAUCCUUCCUUGGGUGGAGGAUUCGGCCCAGGUUACAAGAUUGCUCUGGGAUACGACUUUGUGGGAGACGACUAUACCGGCCUCAACUCCCCUGUGCCGGAUCCUGAUCCCCUGGCCACAUGUGAUGGUGGAGGACAUGGGACUCACACGGCUGGUAUUGUCGGCAUGGAGGAUGCCGACAAUGAGGGAUUUGGAUUAGUGGGUGUGGCUCCUGAAGCAACUAUUGCAGCGUAUCGUAUUUUUGGGUGCAGUGAGGGGAGCAGCACUACCACUGAUGUUAUCAUUGCGGCGAUGCUCAGGGCUGUGCAAGAUGGCGCAGAUGUUGUGUCCAUGUCCCUUGGAGGAGGUAACGGAUGGGAACUAGACAAUCCAUUCAACGACGUCGUCACCCAGCUGUUCAAUAGUGGCGUAGCCGUUGUGGCUGCCAUUGGCAACGUCGGUAUCGAAGGGCUAUACUGGCCUCAGUCUCCUGGCCUGUCCCACGACGCACUAUCUGUGGCUUCGGUUGAGAACGCCGUCUUCCCCGUGGCAUAUACCGCUCACGACGACCAGCAAAACGCCCUCGACUAUAUAUCUGUAUUUCCCGCAACCAACCUGGGCCGCCAGCAGAUCUACACGUUGGGGACAGGUCUUGGAGUACCUCCCGAUCCUACCAUCUCGAGUGGAUGCGAUGCGUCGGUAUGGGCCUCUUUGCAAUCGGCUACGAAUCAAGGCAUUAUUAACUGGAACAACACCAUCUUGUUAGUCUCAGUGACUGAAUCGUGUGUAUCCUUAUUCAAUAAUUGGGGCGAAGCAGCUGCGAUCGGCGUCAAGACAAUGAUGGUCUAUGUUGCAGACGAUGAGCAGCUAAACGCGAGUCCACUCGAUGGCGUGCAGAUGGUGUAUUUGAACCAUGAAAACUCGCAAAAGCUCAUCGAUAUUUUCGACAACCUACCCGCCGACCAGGCCUCUUAUUAUCUGACAUUUGACGGCGACAAGGCCAAGGACGUGUCGAACAAGCUCGGAGCAACAGUGGAUGCCUUCUCCAGCUAUGGUCCCACCGUCGAGAUGACACUCGCGCCCAAGAUUUCCUCUCCUGGAGGCAACAUCCUCUCCACCUGGCCCCUGGAGGGAGGCGGCUAUGCCCUUUUGUCGGGUACUUCGAUGGCCACCCCUUUCGUCGCCGCAAGUGCCGCACUGCUCAAAUCCCAGCAGCCACACCUCGGCGUUUCAGAGCUCUAUGCACGACUGAUGGCCACUGCUAAGCCGCUCAAGGAGUUUGGCCUGCCGCUUGUUGCCUCUACGGCUCGACAGGGCGGUGGCUUAGUCGACGCGUAUUCCGCCGUCCAUGCGGACACUGUCAUUUCCCCUUCUGAGAUCGACCUGCGGGAUUCCGCAUUGCCGGCUCCACAGACGAUCACCAUCAUAAAUCAAUCCAAGGGGAAGAAGACAUACCAGAUAGGGCACAUCCCAGCGGCCUUUACCAGGGUCUAUUACAACUAUCUGGCCGGCGGUCCGGAUAUUCCAAGGAAUGGAAGUAUCUACCCCUUAGAAAUUGAUGCCUCAGCCGAGUUUUCUCAGUCGUCUCUGACACUUGAGGCCGGACAGUCGGCCACAUUCGAGGCUCAGAUUACUCCGCAGGAAGACAAAUGGCCGUAUUCAAUGCCCGUGUACGCCGGCUUUGUCAAGGUGUCUUCUGACAAUGAGACGUAUUCAAUUCCGUACAUUGGUGUGCCUACUAAUCGAGCAGAGGUUGGCCCUAUUAUGGUGAAUGCAACACCGCCAGGUUCACCAUCUUCUCCGGCCGUAUACAAAUUCCAAAUAACCAAUCCCGGUGGCCAGGCGACUAAGCCGAAUAUCGAUACGUAUAAUAUUACCGGUAGCCCGGACGAUGCUCUCCCAUUGGUCGAUAUCUCUACUGGACUGCCCUCUCGGCUCGUCCGCUUAGAACUCGUAUCGGCAAACACAUCCUUUGUCCCAUCGAUAUAUGGCUUCGACCCCAACGUUACUAUUGACUAUCAGCCGCCGGCUCUAGCUACUCAAUCCGGUUAUCUUGGCGAACCCAGCUAUGGAAUCGUCUCUGCAUCCACAAUGGACCCUGUCGCCAGUAAUAGUCCCAUCAAGCAAGGCACUACGUUUAACUUGUUUGUAUCUGGUCUCAUUGAAUCCCCCACCUUGACAAGCGACAACAACACCUCGAUCCAGCUAGUUUCUGGAGAUUACCGGCCGCUUUUCCGGGCCUUGAAAUGGAACGGUGAUGAGACGAAUCCUGCUGAUUACCAGUCGUGGCUGGGACCAGUCCUAAGAUUGAACGUUACAAGUUCUUGA